CAAAAUCCUUGUCUUCUUCUCUGUAAUGGCCCCUACAAACCCCGAAACCUGGAUCCACGAACCCUCAAUUAUCAAGGAAAACGAACUUCGAGAGAUGGCCGUGCUCCUGGGCAAGGGCUUCCGGGUCCACCAUCCCGAUGCCGUUGGGGGGAUUAGUUUAACCUACAAUCCAAAUCCCAAGAAAUACAUGGUCAUGCAGUACCACUCUGUGGAGAAUGGAUUUAGGUUGCCCCUCCACGACCUGCUCCGCGACCUCUGCCUCCAUUUUGGAUUUGCUCCGGGCCAAUUGACUGCCAACGCGCACAAGUAUGUCGCGUCCUUCAUCCUACGGUGUUGUGCCCUGGACAAAACCCCGACACUGGACGAAUUUCUUCUCCUCUUCAGCAUCGGUGGUUUUCCCUUUUACAGUCUAUACCCCCACAAUCAUUUUCCCAUUUUUGAGAAGGUCGAACUCAAGAUCGACAAAUGGGCGCUUAAAUACUUCAUCAUUGAAUUCCCGGCUCACAGCCCCAUCGAUCUGCCGGGUGUUGUCCUCCGCCGUUCCAUCUCCCGGACGAAAUUCGCCCCGGCAAACUUGGCGGAGGGCACGUAUAAUGCUCUGAGGGAGAAGGAGGGUCUAAUUUCCCACCACUCUCUCCAAGAGGCUAAACUGUACAAACUCUCUAAUUAUCCCCUGGGUCCUGACCCGAUUCCCUUUGAGGAGGUACCCUCCCCCGAGAGAUCGAAAGCUCCUUAUGCUGCAGAGUCCAACCCGGCUGCAAGCUCUUCUGGAGAUCGGCCCCAAGGUGGUUCCACUACCUUAGUUGUGCGCAAUCCGGAUGCUGCUCUGGAUGUUGUUCCUAUCUCUGCCAUUCCCGGACUCAGGAGGCCCACUCCAUCCCAGAAACGACCAAGGGAGGGAGUCACUGAUGAUGACUUCCUACCAAAAAAGAAUAGGGGGGGGGAUAAUAUCUCCGUUUCACCCAGCCCCCUGUCAACCUCUUCUGGUCCUCAGAAUUCUUCUUCCGCUGCAACUCCCGGAAGUUUAGGGCUAGAGCUACCCAACCCGGGAAGUCUGGACCAGGAAGCAGAUGAACCUCCAGGCCAGGCGUCACUCACUAAACCUGCGGUGCAACCUCCGCCUGAUGCAAACAAUUCCCCGCCUCAAACUGUAUCUGCCCCCCUAGAACCGGAGGAAAAAGCUGAGGGGCAGGAAGAACCAGAGUCUUCUCUUGCUGCAGAGGAUGAAGUUGAAGUGCGGCUAGAAGCAGAAAUCUCCCACCCAGAGGAUAGUGGGGCUGGAGAGCACAGAGAUGCUGGAGCUCCCUCUGAGAUGGAGAGAGAGAUUGAGAAUCAACCGGAGCAGAAGGGACAGGGUUCUACGGCCACACUCCCAGCCCCCAAUAUCCCCAUCCGGCGUAAGUUCACACCGCAAACUUACUCCGCUUUUACCGAGGGUUGGGAAGGCCUUUCCCGCGGUUUGAGAUCCCUACAGGCCUCCCAUUGGAAUAUCCAGGCGAACCUGGAGAGGAUGAGGGACUCAGUGCAGGGGCCCACAACUCUCCAGACUCGCCCCGACCUGCUUGCUCUCAAUGCCCUGCACUUUAUGGAGCAGAGGGAUCUGGCUGCCAGGGCCUUGCAACAGAAAUUCAACUCCCUGGAACAGCAGGUCCGGAUCCUGCUAGAAGAGAAUUCUCGGCUCAAGCUAGAUGGCUCCACGGAGCUUGCAGCUGAGAGAUCCAAGGUCCAGUCCAUGCAAGAUCAGAUUGCUAAUUACCACAGGGAGACCCAAGAUCUGGAAGUGCAGUUUGGUAGGUUCCGGGCACAAAUCUCCCUCCUGGAAUCAAGGGUCUCGGCUUCAGAAGACCAGGUAGGAAGUUUGAAAGCUGAGCUGGUUGAGAAGGAAUCCCGGAUCUCUGAGCUAGAGAAUUCCCUCCAAGAGGCCAAGUAUGGUUCACGCCUUAACGAGCUUGCCCUGAAGCACAUGGAGGCGAGACAGCUUGACCUCGAGAAGUUGAAGGGAGAGAGGCAGGCCGCAAGUGAGCUCCGGGCAAAGGUGGAUGAACAAGAGAAGACGAUCGCUGCUCAUCAAGAGGAGGUGGCCACCCUGAUUGCCCGUGCCAAAGCCCUCUACGAAGAGGGACAAUUUGACAUGCAGCAAUGCAUCUACGGGGUAGUCCAGAGUGGUCUCCCAGAGAACCGCACUCUGGAUGACUUCAUCUCCUACUAUGGGGGCUGGGCUAAGCCCUUUCCAUACCAAAAUCAAUCUCUCAACAUGGCUAAUAACGCCAAUAGAGUUGUCUUCAUUGAUCUUACUAUUUCUGAUUCUUCUUCGUUGGCAUUCCCUUCACUUGGGUCCCCAACACCUGAGCUCUCUUCUGGGCCUUCUCUUGCCUCUGAACAAUCGGUAACCUCCCCCUUGCCCAGGGAGGAGAAUAACCCUCAUCUCCCCCAACAGGUCUCGGGGAGUAUCCCUCCGGGUCCCAGCGUGCUUCCUAACAGUGCCAGGGCUGAAGUCUCUUCUGGCUGUCUUGGCACUUCUCGUCCACAGAAGAGACGCAAUCCCCACUCAGGAGCUUCCCGGAUGGUCUCCGGUGCGAGGCCUUCUUCUCAGAGUUCCCCUUCCCCUCAGCAGUUGCAUGGACAGCCACCUGAGGAAUGGGGGGACUAUGACAUGGGGGGAAACAGGCUUCCCUUUAUACGCAGAGAAAAGGAUGGGGCCUUCAGGGACCCACCCCCUCCUUCCGUAUAAAUGGAGAUAGGCCUUGGAUCCUUCCCUCAUGCCCACCCGUCCUCCUGAUCUGACUUCAGAGAGGCGACCGGAAGGUGCCAACGGGGGGAAUGUCUUUCAAUCCCAACCCGUUGGUUCCUCUCCAUAUCUUUUGAAUGUCAUCAAGAGAAAAUGGUGGGCGCCUUCACAGGAAUGACCGGAUGGUAUCCACGGGGAUGGCUUUAGGUCCCAA